AGAGUUGAGCUCGAGCCUAAAUUUUGAUAUUAGUGAUGAGUCAAUAUUCAAUAAAUGAGAUGACUCGUGUUCGGCUCGUCUCAGCUCGUUCAUAAACGAGCCGAGCUUGAGUUCGGCUCGUUUAUAAACGAGUCGAGCUCGAGUUCGGCUCGUUUAUAAAUGAACCAAACCUGAACAAGACAAAGUUGGGUUCGGCUCGGCUUAUUAACAAUCCUAAUCUCGACUGGUCAAGAGGUCUGCACACUUAUUACUCUCUCGAUAUAUGUGAUAUGUUUAAACUUUCAAGUCUCGGGAAUGGAGAUCGAGAAAGUGCUGAAUUAUUGCUACAUGAAGAUGAUCAUUACCAUUCGGCGGGAGGAGUAGCCGAACUACACAUUUCGAAUCCAAUUGAACCCGAACAGAUGAUGUCCAAAAUCCCAAGCUAACCGAAGCCUCUCUACUGCGCGUCUCAAUUCUGCCCUGGUUAUACAACAAACAACGAGGUUGGCUCGCUAGUCAACGCCAUGUAUAAUUUUUAAUAAAACCAACAAGAACUUGAUCCGAUUCUGAAUAUCGAAGUUAUCAAAAUUGAGAUACACCAAAUAAGAAAGUGACAUCUGCCAGAAGAUCUAUGCCUUCGUGCUCAUAGGUAACCCUAACUCAAGUUCGAUAUUAAGAAAUUGUUGUAAUUUUUAUUCAAAACCCUUGUCUUCUAUUAUCUCUAAUUCUCUAUUACUAGUUUUAUAAGCUCAAGAAGAAAAGAAGUGAAGAAAGUGGUAGGCCUAGCCGCGCUAUGGAUGUGUGGAUUAGAAUUGUUUAACACAGGAAAUUCGUAUUUGGGUUUUGUAAAGUGGAGACCGGGAGAGUGGGAUGUGGAGCGUAGUAGUAGAGGAUGAUGAAUUGGAAUUCCCAGUCCACCACCACCGGUCGCUAAAAGUUUCAACUCACCAAUCCCCAUUUCUAUUGUUUAAAACUUUGACUUGGCCAUGUUAAACAUCACAAUCUCCCCACUAUUCCCCAAACCUUUUCCCCAGAGAUAUGAGAGAAACCUUUCCUCAAUCUCUUAUCUAACCAUCCUUAUUCCUCACAAUUUGUCAUUGCACUGUGAUGUGAAAUUUCAUUAUUACACCUCUCUUCUUGAAAACUUAGUAGUACUCUCCUAUUAUUAGUUGGUAACAUCAGAAGCAAGGAGCAGGAUCUUGGAAUGAUUAGUUAUAAAUUCGAUUCGGUGACACCAGUUGAGACCGAUGCUUGAGUUUAUGUCUCAAUUGGAAACAAGUUCUUUGAUAGAUUUCACAUGAUAGUGUGAUGCACGGUUGGGUUUUACCUUUGUUCUUGCCGGUGUUUAUUCUCCGUGAUUUGGAACGAUUACUAGUCUGAUUGAAUCGGACUUUUGUUUUACAGUGAUGCUAAUCCAUUUGUCAAGUGUUUUCCAGGAGCCCAAUUAUCAAUUCAAAAGGAAAACCAUCUCCAUCCUCUUAAAUUGACAAUCUCGACCAUCCCUAAGUAAGAACUCUACUCACUAUCCAUAUCCAGGACAACCACCUUGACACCUUCAAGUGACAUGACCGAACCGUAGGGCAAUUCUCAUACAUGAAGAUGCACCCACGAAGUCUCUCAUGAGUCGUGACUAAAUCUCCAAACUUCACAAGAAAACGGGAGGUUAGAUAUCUAAUAUCUUCAACCUCCUUAAAACUCGUGAAUUUAACCAUCUUCUAAUGAAUCAAAUGAAUUCUUAAAAAUAUUUAAUUCCUUUCACCUUGAUUAAAGAAACUGAUUUUGUGUAUCUCGAUCUUGUAAAUGAUGCGACAAACGGCAUGUCAAAUGCAUAAAGAAAUAAUAUGUAAUUUCAAUAAGAAAAUUCUUUAGAAAUGUCUAGCCUUCCAAUAAGAAAAUCUUCACCACUUGUUGCUAGAAAUGACUGGUUGAUGAAGUGAAUGUGGAAUUUCCUUUUGACUCCAAUGAAGCAUAUGUAUGUCCACGGGGACAGGCAUUAAUCAAUCCAUAUCAUGGCUCGCACUUUAGUGGUCUAACCGGCAUUAAACCGUUUAAAAUUUGUUAGAGAACCGGUAUCUAAUAAACGUUAUCAGUAUAAUAGUGGACAUUUCUUAAUCAGAGCUCGUCUCUUUCCUUCGAAAUUGUGAAAUGAAAAUAAGGAUUCAGUUUGAGAGCCCGACGUUUUAGGUUUAUUUCAAUUUUCAAUUUUCUGCAAUUUUUCUAAUUAAAUUUAACUGUUGAAUGGCAAAAACCGGACGAGCGGCUAGAUCGACUCGAGUCAUUAAUCGCCUCAGCCGCUCGUCAACCGCUACAUAAAACGGAACGACUUUUAAACUGUUUCGAACCGAUUUUGUGACCGAGUGACGGUUUUACCGGUCAGGCCGAACAGCUUGGCUUUAAUAACACUGGUCCUGUGAUCCAUACAAUAAAAUUCUCCUUUGCACUUAAGUUUUUGUAUUAUAAGAUAAAAUAGAAUAAAAUAAUAAAAGAAAGAAAUAUGGUUGAAAUCUUGCUGUCUUGUCACUGUGGCCCAAGUCCCGGUGUCCCACAGUCCAAACCACAAACUACCACUAUCUCACCUUUUCUUUCCCUCUCCUCUCCUCUCUUCUGUCCUCUCUGUUAUUUUGCCACCCCACCAUGAAUCUCCCUUCUCUCUUUCUCCUCCAUUAAUCACCAUCCCUCAAAACUCAAUCACGGACUCAGUCUGCUGGUUUAAGGGCCGGCUCCCAGUUCCAAUACUCAUUACUGCUCUUAAUCUCACAAACCCAUGUCAGGAAAACCACGGUCUCUUCUUCUCCCACCCGCCAAUCUGAAAAGGCUCUGCAAAUUUGAGAGCUUUAACUUCAAAGACAAGCACUUUCCUGCCCCAUUUUCACCAAACCAAUUCUGGGUCCUUCUCUAAACACCCCCAUUUGCUUUUCUAUCGAUGUUUCCAGGUCUUCCACUAUUUCUUGCUUCGAGUAAUCUUGAAGCAAACACUGUUUCAUUUUGUAUUUGUGCAGAAAGACACACUUCUUUCUGCCUCUCUUUUGCCUACAGCAUUUGUAGCUGAUUAAUCUCCUCCCGCCAAUAGAGAUUUCGGAAUUUUGUGUGUGGCUGUUUGUGGGAUGGGGUUUGUUGUCACCAGUCGGUUGUUGUUGCAGCUGGUGAAGCUCUGUGCCAUCAGCUUGAUUUUCACCAUCCAAGGAUCUACAGGAGUCAGUAUAUCACCAACUCAGAGAAUCGAAAAUCAGUUGGUAGGGGCAGGUCAGAGUCCAGUCCAUCAGAUUAGGCCAUUCGAAAGCAACCCACCGAGCUCAGAGUCCCACGUAGAUGGGCCUACGACAUUCGACACCCCACCUGAAUCGAUUUCGGGGCAGGCACCAUCGUACCAGCCUAGUCCAAUUGGAUCACCACCACCUUAUAGAACUCCUCCUCCACCUUUAGUUGUUUCUGGAAAUGUGCCUUCUGAAUCUCCAACUGUUUCAUUUACACCUAUACCACAGACAAUAAUAGCUCCUUCUCCUGAAAAUUUUGAAGGAAAUGUAGCACCUUUGCCAUCAAAAGCUGAUGAAGGAAGUGUUUCUCUUGAACCUCCAUUACCAAGUAUCGCUCCGCCGCCCCAGGUUUCUGGAGGGAAUGCUGCACCUCUACCACCCAACUCUUCUGAAGGACACAUAGCACCUAUGCCGUCUAACUCUUCUGGAGGAAGUGUUUUAGUUAGACCCCCAACACAUAGUAUAGCUCCUCCUCCUCAAAUGUCUCAAGGACAAGUAGCACCUAUGCCAUCUAACUCUUCCGGAGGAAGUGUUUUAGGCAGACCCCCAGCACAUAGUAUAGCUCCUCCUCCUCAAAUAUCUCAAGGAGAAGUUGCACCUGUGCCGUCAAACUCCAAUGGAGGGAAUGUAACCUUAGCAUCUCCUCCAAAUAGUAUAGUUUCUCCUCCCCAGACUUCUCAAGGACAACCUGUACCUUCGCCACCGAGCAGUUCUGGAGGAGGUGUCUCUUUGGUGCCUCCACCACAUAAUAGUAUAGCUCCUCCACCUCGGAAUUUUGAAGGACAAGUAGCACCUACGCCAUCAAACAGUCCUGGAAGACGGGAGCCAGGUGAGAAGGCUCCUGCCCCUAUGCCAGUGGCAACACCUCCAGCUAAUUCACCGCCAAGUCUACCGUCCAUCCACCCAGGUGUGCCAGAACCUUCGACCGGGAGUGCUCCUCAGAAAAACACAACAUUUAAUGGUUCUCCUCUCCAAAAACCAGUUCCAGUUGCAUUACCUCCGAGGAUAUCGGGAAGGGAGAAACCAGUGCAACAUCCAAUCGCACCAGCAGUCAUUAUCCCCUCUGUCUCCCCAGUUCAGUCACCCUUGGGAGAUUUGCCACAUAAUUCGUCAAGAAAUCUUCCAGUUGCUCCUAUGAAAUCUCCUCCAAGAUUGGAAGAUCCUGAGGUCUCGUCUCCAUCAUCUACUCCUCCAAGGACUCAUUGGACAAAAGAUGGAACUCCAGUUACUGCACCCUCGGCUGAAAUACCAAAUCCCUUACCAGUGUUGCCACCUACAACUCAUGCACCCGCUAAAGCUUCUUUUCCUGCUGUGGCUCCUUCUGUUCACAAAGCUAGGCGGCAUUCGAAUAAAGCUCCUUCUCCAUCUUCUACCUCUUCUCAUAAACACAACAAUGCAAGAAAUGGAAGCAGCAUCGCUCCUCCCAAAUCAUCAUAUGUUAUACCUCCUCACUCAUCAGAAGAGCCAGCACUCCCUCCCUCAUCUCUUCCAACUAGCAGGCCCACACACUAUGCUUCUCCACCUCACCAUACAGGUACUAAACCAGUUAUAGGUGUUCCACUUGCCCCCUCACCAUCAAAGACAACAGCAUCCAACUGGACCACAAUACCGAUUCUUUCACCAAAAAUUUCUCCGAGAUCUUCAUCAAAGAAUCCUAUGCCCUUGUUUCCGCCAAUCCAUGCAUUGCCACCUCCGCCACCCAAUCAAGAUUGUUCAACGACUGUUUGCAUGGAACCUUAUGCAAACACUCCUCCCGGAUCUCCAUGUGGAUGUGUGUUGCCCAUGCAAGUCGGACUGCGACUUAGUGUUGCACUAUAUACAUUUUUUCCUUUGGUUUCUGAAUUUGCUAAAGAACUUGCUACUGGGGUUUUCAUGAAACAAAGUCAAGUCAGGAUUAUGGGAGCCAAUGCUGCUAGCCAGGAACCUGACAAGACCAUAGUCCUCAUUGACUUGGUUCCACUUGGACAAAAGUUUGACAACACAACUGCUUUCUUGACUUACCAAAGGUUUUGGCUGAAACAAGUGGCAAUACAAACUUCCUUAUUUGGUGACUACCAAGUCCUUUAUGUGCGCUAUCCAGGUUUACCGGAAUCUCCUCCUUCAGCAUCUUCUGGGAUUACUAUCAUUGAUGAUGGGCCAUACUCUGGCAAUGGAAACAACGCAAGAACGAUAAAGCCCCUAGGAGUUGAUGUAUCCAAAAGGCGCCAAAAGGAUGGACUUAAUGGUGCUGUCAUUGCUAUUAUUGCUCUGUCAGCUUCUAUUGUUGUCAUCUUGUGCUCGGCAGUUGCUUGGAUUUUUAUUUCUAGGAAGAGAGGCCAUCAUGGCAGAGAGCCAUCGCCAGCUCCGCCACCUUUGCCUGCUUCUGUUGCAAAACCCUCAGGGAUUUCUGUGUCGGCCCUUGGGAGUGGUCUCAGUUCUCAUUCACUGUCAUUUGGCUCUAGUAUUGCACCAUAUAUGGGAUCUGCCAAAACCUUCAGUGCAAGUGACAUAGAGAGAGCAACUCAUAACUUUGAUGAUUCAAGGACACUCGGGGAAGGUGGCUUCGGACGUGUCUAUAGUGGUGUUCUUGAUGAUGGGACCCAAGUAGCAGUCAAAGUCCUGAAAAGGGACGACCAGCAAAGUGGUCGAGAAUUCUUGGCAGAAGUCGAGAUGCUUAGCCGCCUUCACCACAGGAACCUUGUCAAGUUGAUUGGGAUAUGCACAGAAGAGCAUGCACGUUGUCUGGUCUAUGAGCUAGUGCCUAAUGGCAGUGUGGAAUCUCAUUUGCAUGGGGACGAUAAGGAAUCUGCACCUCUGGAUUGGGAUGUCCGGAUUAAGAUAGCACUUGGUGCAGCUCGAGGUCUGGCUUAUCUUCAUGAGGAUUCAAGUCCACGGGUCAUCCACAGGGAUUUCAAAUCCAGCAACAUCUUGUUGGAGAGUGAUUUCACACCAAAAGUCUCCGACUUUGGCUUGGCACGAUCUGCCCUGGAUGAGGAAACCAGCCAUAUAUCCACUCGUGUGAUGGGAACCUUCGGGUAUGUGGCCCCUGAGUAUGCAAUGACCGGUCAUCUUCUAGUGAAGAGCGAUGUAUACAGCUACGGUGUAGUCCUUCUUGAGCUUUUAAGCGGGAGAAAACCAGUGGAUAUGUCACAACCACCAGGUCAAGAGAACCUAGUAGCAUGGGCACGUCCGCUUCUGACAAGCCAAGAAGGGUUGGAAAUGAUAAUAGAUCCAUCUCUUCGCCACGAUGUCCCCUUCGACAGUGUGGCCAAAGUUGCAGCCAUUGCUUCAAUGUGUGUGCAGCCGGAAGUGUCCCAUCGCCCAUUCAUGGGCGAAGUUGUUCAAGCGUUGAAACUGGUGUGCAACGAGUGCGAUGAGGCGAAAGAAGUAGGAUCUAUAAGCUCCAGCCGUGAUUUGUCAAUGGAUGGUGGCGAGGCGAGGACCACCUCAGGGAAGCUGGUGCCAGAGAUGUUCCAUGACCGAAGAUUGGGGUUAGGGCCGAGCAACUACGACUCUGAUCCGGAUAUCGAGAGAGGGCUAACGCUGUCGGAUAUGUUCGGUACAUCAGGAAGAUUCGGGAGGCAGGCACCAACAUCCGCGUCGUUCAGGAGGUACUCGAGUUCCGGCCCAUUGAGUAGUGGGAAGGGAAGAGAGUGGUGGCAGAGAAUGAGAAGAUUGAGAGGGGAGAGUGUGAGUGAACAUGGGAUCAUGUUCAAACAAUGGGCAGGUUCAUAUUGAAAAGCUCUGGACUAGACAACCCUUGUUUAUGUGUGAAUAUUGAUUAAUAUGCACAGUUUCUAGGAGGAGGCUAGAGGAAUGAAUGGUGAAAUAAGUUCUGAAGAAAAUCUUUGACAAGGAGACUUGAAAAGAAGUGCAGAAUUGGAGCAUGGAGGGGGGUAUGACAGCAAGUGAGUUUUGACCCUGAGUAAAAACACAGUCAAAGAGGAGGGUAAUUUAACUUGAAUGUUUUUAUAAUUGUCCAGGUACCAAAUAGUAAUUUAACCCCUUUGAUUUGAUUUGAGGGGUGCACAUGUAAUGUAACAAUCCAUGUAAAACUGUGAAGUAGAGCAACUGCAAGUGUACAGAAUUUUGUUUCUCUUUGGGUUAUUUUAUUACAGUUAAGAUCACCUUCAUUCCAAUCAGCCUAGAGAGAGUACAUUAGAAAGUUUCAAAAUAAGGCUUCCUUUGUAACGUUCCGAUUCUAAACGUUGUAUCCUAAGUACCCAUGUAUUUUGUAGAUAUUGACGUUUAAAUAUAAGUGUUUGUUAUUUUAUUUGGAAUGUAGUUUUUUAUUUUAAUAUGAAGUGUAGGUAAUAACAACUACCGAAACUA